CUCUCGCUAUGAACUCCCCGACGAGUUUAACUUUCCCCAACUUUGAGAGCGCAAACACAGAAUUAUUUUUUGAAGAGCCACAAAUGUCUGCAACGAAUGGCACAUUUGGUUGCUGCUGCUGUUCCUACGACGAGAAAUCUUGCGCGACAGGAGCGAUGAACUUUGUCAUUUACCUAAACUUCAUCCACAUGUACUACAUCCCAGUGGUGAUCGUGGUAGGCUUCGUGGGGAAUGUGCUUUCUUGUCUGGUACUGCUGACGACACACCUCAAGCUGAGGAGUUCCAGUUAUUAUUUAGCAGCGCUAGCAGUUGCUGAUACUGGAUAUGUUUUCUGCAUCUUCGUCGUUUACUGUACUUCCAAUAACAUCUUUGACAUAUUCAACAAGAACGGUUUCUGCCAAGUCUUAAUGUACUUGACCUACGUCUGUUCCUUCCUCAGUGUUUGGCUCAUAGUAGCUUUCACUGUCGAAAGAUUCAUCGCAGUGCAGUAUCCCUUGAAGAAGCCAUACAUAUGCACAGUUUCAAGGGCGAAAAUAAUCGUCCUCAGCCUCACUGCUGUGGCUCUUAUUUUUCAUUUUUAUAUUUUUCUGAUCGUCAACAUAGUUGAGGAACAGUGUCAGCUGGUACCUGAAUACCAGAAAGUUGCUGGGUAUAUCAACUACGUUGACACUAUUUUGACCCUUGUCGUACCUGUUGUUCUUAUUGUGGGCAUGAACACCAUGAUCGCCAUAAGUUUGUUUCGCUUUCGGAAAAAGAUGCAGGAUGACAUAGGAGAAAAUCAUGCGGAUUCAGAGCCGACUGGAUUCUAUAACACGAGUAAUUCACAGUUUCUUUAUAAUGUCAACAUAUCUGAUAGUUUCUUCUUUUAUGAAACCAACCCCGACGAAUUAAUAGUGGUUCUCAAGGACAUCAAAAACAAGAAUGGCAGGAGUGUAGAUGACAUUUCUAUUAAAAUAUUGGAAACUCUACCAUUUUCAACUUUGGAUGUCUUAUCACAUCUUAUCAAUCUGUCUUUUCAAUCUGGAGAGUUCCCACCGUUCCUGAAGACUUCUCUCAUAAUCCCCCUCCAUAAGGGUGAACCUACUGAUGAUCCUUCCAAUUUCAGGCCUAUAGCACUUAUUCCUGCUCUUGCAAAAAUUAUAGAAAAACUGGUCAAAAUAAGAAUGUUAUCGUUUUGUAAUGCCAAUAACAUUCUUACUCCUCAUCAAUUCGGAUUCCAAGAAAAUAAGGGUACUAAUGAUGCAAUGUUCUCCCUUCUAGAAACAGUUUAUUCCCAUUUUAAUGCCAAUGAAUCGCUGGCUGCAAUUUUCUGCGACCUAACCAAAGCAUUCGACUGUGUCAACCACGAGAUACUUCUGAAUAAAUGGCAGAAGUAUGGUUUCCGAGGCAUCACCCUUCAGUGGUUCCACUCAUACUUAUCGGGACGCAAACAAACAAUCAAAACAUCUAAAUACUCUGCUGAACACUUCAUUAAAUGUGGAGUGCCGCAAGGCUCGAUCCUUGGCCCAAUUCUAUUUUUCAUCUAUAUAAAUGACUUAGCUUUCAUAGAUAUAUCAGCCACCAUCACCCUCUUUGCUGACGACACCACUUUAUUAAGGCACAACACAGAUAACGCUAUUCUGCAUGGGAUCAUCUCGGAAGACAUGAAAAAAAUUAAAGAAUGGCAUGUCAAGAAGUCAGCGAGACACGGAAUGUCAAUUCAAAUACAGCAUAAUAUCAACAAGAUGCUGCUGGUGAUAUCGUCUGUGUUCAUCGCUCUGAAUCUACCGAG